UCAGGAGGAUGGCGGGGUUUCGUUGAGGCGGAGCUGGGGGAGCGUUGGCUGGCGUAGGUGGCCGCCCUGCUGCCCGGCGGCUGUCGAGGGCGCAAUGCCGGUCCAUUCCCGGGAGAAGAAAGAGAACAACCACGAUGAGAUGGAGGUGGACUACGGGGAGAACGAGGGCAGCAGCUCCGAGGAGGAGGAGUCCGAGAGCUCGUCCGUGUCCGAGGAGGGGGACAGCUCAGAAAUGGAUGAUGAGGACUGUGAAAGGAGAAGAAUGGAGUGUUUAGAUGAGAUGUCCGAUCUUGAAAAACAGUUUACAGACCUCAAAGAUCAACUUUACAAAGAGAGAUUAAGCCAAGUGGAUGCAAAACUGCAGGAGGUUAUAGCGGGAAAGGCACCAGAGUACUUAGAACCACUGGCAGCUCUGCAAGAAAACAUGCAAAUCCGAACAAAAGUGGCAGGUAUCUACAGAGAGCUCUGUUUAGAGUCUGUGAAAAACAAAUAUGAAUGUGAAAUUCAAGCUUCCCGCCAACACUGUGAGAGUGAAAAGCUCUUGCUGUAUGACACAGUUCAAAGUGAACUCGAAGAGAAAAUCAGACGGCUUGAAGAAGACAGACAUAGUAUUGACAUUACCUCAGAGUUAUGGAAUGAUGAACUUCAGUCUAGGAAGAAAAGGAAGGAUCCAUUUAGUCCGGACAAGAAAAAACCUGUUGUUGUAUCAGGACCCUAUAUAGUAUAUAUGCUACAAGAUCUUGACAUACUUGAAGACUGGACAACAAUAAGAAAGGCAAUGGCUACCUUGGGACCACACAGAGUGAAAACGGAACCCCCUGUCAAGUUGGAAAAACACCUGUACAGUGCAAGAUCUGAAGAAGGAAGACUCUAUUAUAAUGGGGAGUGGUAUGGACGUGGACAAACAAUAUGUAUUGACAGGAAAGAUGAGUGCCCUACAAGUGCCAUAAUUACAACAAUUAACCAUGAUGAAGUGUGGUUUAAGAGGCCUGAUGGAAGCAAAUCCAAACUGUAUAUUUCUCAGCUACAGAAAGGAAAAUAUUCAAUCAAACAUAAUCACAACUGACCAUUAAACUAACCAGACAGUGUUACCCUGCUUGAUGUGCCAUGAGAUGACAGAUGUAUUUACUGUAUGUUCUCAUCUAUUUUUGUGGCCGUAUCUGUGUAUUUGUAAUAGUGUCAGUAAUCUUCAUACAGAUGUCUUGAAAUAAGUGACAUAUAAUCAUGUUGACCUCUCAUUUGGGUCUAGUGCCUAAGAUAGGAAAUGUUAACCUUUGGAGAGUCUGAGAACGUUAAUGGCUGCAAUCCUUAUAAGUUAUGCUGCACACAUUCUUAUUAAUUAACAACAUUAUUAAUUAACAUGGAUGGGAAGGGAUAUACACCGUUUCAGGUGUCUUUGAAGUUUCUUUUGUAGCAGCUUACACAGCUGAAUGGGAAAGCCAAUUUUAAACUUUCUUUUGAAUCCGUGUGAGAAGCUGCAGUAGAGACACUUCUCCCAGAUAUGUGUUUAGUUCAUUGCGCACACGUACCAGUUUCUGGGAUUGCUGGCUAUAACUGUUUAUACAAUAUAGAAACAAAGUGGUGUUUUAUCAUUUUAAAAAAAUGAUGUGGUGACUGUGAAGUUUAUCACUAUGUGUUAAGAACUCAUCUUGUAUUGUAGAGAACAUGCCAUGCUUGUCUUGUAAACAUAUGUUAGAUUGCACAGAUAUUACUUUGAUGUAGUCUAAUGACAAGGUGUUCUUAGGUGUAUAACUGAAAAAAUGGAGAUCUCUAAUAGUUGUAGCUCUGUUACCUGAGUUAAACUGUUAAUAAUCUCAAUUAAUAACAAAAAAGCCAUCAUUUAAUGUGUAUGGGUGGCAUUCACUGAGGCUAACACCUGUUCGGAACAUUGUGUCUGCUUCCUUCCUUUCUAGCACUAAGCUAGGAAUUUGCCAGAAACAAUUGAAAAGAAGAUGAUGUGGUUUCUGCUAGUAUUAAGCCCCCUCCUUCCACCCCUCCAUGUGCCUGUUCUGUAACUGGCAAAACAAUAACCAAAAGUGUUUCUAAACAUUCUAUAAGAUAUGUAGCCAAAAGAAGUGGAAUCCUUUGAAACAAUCUAGUGGGGAAAAAAUAAUGGAAUUCACUACAUACCCCAACAUCUUUUGCCUUCUGCUACUGCAACAGGGUUGCAGUUCAGAAGCUUAUUAUCAGGAGUAGGAUCUUUAGUUUUACCAUACAUGUUUGAGGCAUGUAGAAAGGAUUGGGAGGGGGGCAUUACUUGGUGGUUUAUGUGCACUUUACUAUCCAUUAAGAUGCAUCUUUAAAGAAAGCCUGCACCUGAUGGAACAGACUGCCAAAAGAGUGUUUAUGUUCUAGAUUGGAUUGGUGCUAAAUCUGAAAUACUAACGUGCAUCCUCGCCCUAUCAGAAAUCCUAAAUUAGAAUCCCAAUAUGUUAAGAAGCGUUGCAUUUUCAAGGCAGACACCGAUAACGUACAAUUUACUGGCUCAUCUUUAAGCUGAGCUUUCAAAAAUCUUGAAGCUGAGCAGCAUUAAAAUAUAUAUUCAGUCCUAACAAUUUUUCUCUCUUGUUCUUUGUGAGCUGAAUCUUUUUCAGCUAAGCUUAGUGACAGGAGCUCUACUUUGCUCAGCGAAGGCUUUUUAAUGUAUUGGGAUUUUUGAAUAAAGGAUUUCAAGGUGUUUGGUCUUGCACAAAUGUGUAGAUGGAAGUGCAGCUGACCUUUCCUCUCUGUAUGUGCAGUGUAUGGUCAGCAUUGCACUCCAAAGUUGGGCCCAAGAAAAAACAUUGCAUGGAGUCAUUGAGUGGCAGCCCACUGCUCUUUUAAGAGAACUACUUUUUAUGUGCUCGUGCAACCCCACUUGAAAGUGGUGGUGAAAGUGACGCAUCUGUGUGUCAACGAACUGUGGUCUCUUUCUAGCCAAUGUCACUGGUCCUAGUUACUGCAGUUUGAGAUAAAGUCUCUUCCAUUCAAUAGACUGCAUUUAUGUUUGUGUGACAAUGUAUUUUCUGGUAUGGGGGAAACUACUUAACCAUUGCCCAAACUCUAAAAUCCAUCUAAAGCAACACUCUCUCUUGUUACUCUGCAUGUCACUCGUAAUAGCCAAAUUGUAUAUAACAUAAUCAUGACAGGUGGGCUUUUGACAAAACCUGUUGUAUGUAUACAGUUUGAUAAAGCCUUUUUUGUAAUGAAAUAUUUGUAUUUUUUAACCUAGUGUAUAAAUAAAUGACCUGUCAUGAAGA